CUCUCCUAGCUCGCCAUGGCGGGCCCGAGCCCGGGAGCGGCGCUGGAGUCGCCCCGGCAGCUGCUGGGCCGCGUGCGCUUCCUGGCCGAGGCGGCGCGGAGCCUCCGGGCCGGGCGGCCCCUGCCCGCCGCGCUGGCCUUCGUGCCCCGCGAGGUGCUCUACAAGCUGUACAAGGACCCGGCGGGCCCGUCGCGCGUGCUGCUGCCGGUGUGGGAGGCGGAGGGCCUGGGGCUGCGCGUGGGCGCCUCGGGCCCGGCUCCGGGUACCGGCUCCGGGCCGCUCCGCGCUGCCCGCGACAGCAUCGAGCUCCGGCGCGGCGCCUGUGUUCGCACGACCGGGGAGGAGCUGUGCAACGGCCACGGGCUCUGGGUGAAGUUGACCAAGGAGCAACUGGCUGAGCACCUGGGCGACUGCGGGCUGGAGGAAGGCUGGCUGCUGGUGUGCCGCCCGGCGGAAGGUGGGGCCCGCCUGGUGCCCAUUGACACCCCGGACCACCUCCAGCGGCAGCAGCAGCUUUUCGGUGUAGACUACCGGCCAGUGCUGAGAUGGGAGCAAGUUGUGGACCUGACAUACUCCCAUCGCCUUGGAGCGAAGCCUCAGCCCGCGGAGGUGUACACGGAAGCUCUGCAAAGGCUGCUCUAUGUGCCCCCAACGUGGACCUACGAGUGCGACGAGGACCUGAUCCACUUCUUGUACGACCACCUGGGCAAGGAGGAUGAGAACCUGGGUAGCGUGAAGCAGUAUGUGGAGAGCAUAGACGUGUCCUCCUACACGGAGGAGUUCAAUGUGUCCUGCCUGACAGAUAGCAAUGCAGACACCUACUGGGAGAGUGACGGGUCCCAGUGCCAGCACUGGGUGCGGCUUACCAUGAAGAAAGGCACCAUCGUCAAGAAGCUGCUCCUCACAGUGGACACCACCGAUGACAACUUUAUGCCCAAGCGCGUGGUGGUCUAUGGGGGUGAAGGGGACAACCUGAAGAAGCUGAGCGACGUGAGCAUUGACGAGACGCUGAUCGGGGAUGUCUGUGUCCUGGAGGACAUGACCGUCCACCUCCCAAUCAUCGAGAUCCGCAUCGUCGAGUGCCGAGAUGAUGGGAUCGACGUGCGUCUCCGAGGGGUCAAGAUCAAGUCAUCUAGGCAGCGAGAACUAGGCUUGAAUGCAGACCUGUUCCAGCCCACCAGUCUGGUGCGAUACCCACGCCUGGAAGGCACUGACCCGGAAGUACUAUACCGCAGAGCUGUCCUCCUGCAGAGGUUCAUAAAGAUCCUGGACAGUGUCCUGCACCACCUGGUGCCUGCUUGGGACCACACACUGGGCACCUUCAGUGAGAUUAAGCAAGUGAAGCAGUUUCUGCUGCUGUCACGCCAGCGGCCCAGCCUGGUGGCCCAGUGCCUGCGUGACUCAGAGAGCAGCAAGCCCAGCUUCAUGCCGCGCCUGUACAUCAACCGGCGCCUAGCCAUGGAGCACCGCGCCUGCCCCUUGAGGGACCCUGCCUGCAAGAACGCCGUCUUCACCCAGGUUUAUGAAGGCCUCAAGCCCUCUGACAAGUACGAGAAGCCCCUGGACUACAGGUGGCCCAUGCGCUAUGACCAGUGGUGGGAGUGUAAGUUCAUCGCAGAAGGCAUCAUUGACCAAGGGGGUGGUUUUCGGGACAGCCUCGCUGACAUGUCGGAAGAGCUGUGCCCUAGCUCAGCAGACACCCCUGUGCCCCUGCCCUUCUUUGUGCGCACAGCCAACCAGGGCAAUGGUACCGGGGAGGCCCGGGACAUGUACGUACCCAACCCCUCCUGUCAAGACUUUGCCAAGUACGAGUGGAUCGGCCAGCUGAUGGGGGCUGCCCUUCGGGGUAAGGAGUUCCUGGUCCUGGCUCUGCCCGGCUUUGUAUGGAAGCAGCUCUCUGGGGAGGAGGUGAGCUGGAGCAAGGACUUCCCCGCUGUGGACUCCGUGCUGGUGAAACUCCUGGAAGUGAUGGAAGGGAUGGACAAGGAGACAUUCGAGGUCAAAUUUGGGAAGGAGUUAACUUUCACCACUGUACUGAGUGACCAGCAGGUGGUGGAGCUGAUCCCAGGGGGCGCAGGCAUCGUGGUGGGGCAUGAAGACCGCUCCCGUUUCAUUCAGCUGGUGCAGAAGGCACGGCUAGAGGAGAGCAAGGAGCAGCUGGCAGCCAUGCAGGCAGGUCUGCUGAAGGUGGUGCCACAGGCUGUGCUGGACUUGCUGACAUGGCAGGAGUUGGAGAAGAAGGUGUGCGGGGACCCUGAGGUCACUGUGGACGCUCUGCGCAAACUCACCCGGUUUGAAGACUUCGAGCCGUCCGAUACCAGGGUGCAAUACUUCUGGGAGGCACUGAACAACUUCACCAAUGAGGACAGAAGCCGCUUCCUGCGCUUUGUCACGGGCCGGAGCCGCCUGCCAGCGCGGAUCUACAUCUACCCAGACAAGCUGGGUUAUGAAACCACAGACGCGCUACCAGAGUCUUCCACCUGCUCCAGCACGCUUUUCCUGCCGCACUAUCCCAGCGCCAAGGUAUGCGAGGAGAAGCUCCGUUAUGCCGCUUACAACUGCGUUGCCAUUGACACGGACAUGAGCCCUUGGGAGGAGUGAGGCGGCGCCCGGCAGGCCUGCCCAGCUCUACUUGGCCCUGCCCACCGUGGAAACAUCUUCACUGGACCAGUCCGAGUGUGCACUCUCAGAGCUGACCGCUCAGAAAAACCCAGCGCCAGCAAUACCACUCCUGCCGCCAGGGUGGGUGGACAGGUGGGUUAAGACUGGUGGCCCAGCCUCGCAGACCCGCAAGCCCAUUGUGCUGGGGCUGUCUCCCAAGGUGUGGAGCCUCUGUGAGAGGAACUCUUCCACAAGCCCAGCACAAGCUGCCCAGACCUGAGCUACUUGAAGGGGGCCUCCUAGCCCCCCACCUCCACCCCAUGGACUUGCUUUUGUUGGGGGGGCGAGGCUCUUCUUUUGUUCCAACUAGCUUUUCUCUGACUUCAGCCCAGACCCCAAACUAAAUGCAUUGGAAGGUGAUGGGGACCCCUCCUUGUGAAAGGAACUGGGGAUGGGUAGGGAAUAAUGGACCACUCUCCUUGGUCACCUACCCCCAGAGUGAAGCCAAGCUGCUCUUUCUUUCCCUUGGUCCUGCCAUUCUGCCUGCUGAGCUCUGCCCUUCUUCCAACCCAAGCUCCACUUUCUGGGCUACACCAGUCAAAUUCAAAUCUCUGUGCCUCCACCACCCACAUUCAUCAAACAGGCAUCUCAUCCACAUCACUUCCAGCCCGGCCCCCAUCUGCAGCCUGACAGCCAAUGAUGCCCUGCUCUAGCUCCUUCAGUAACUCCCCUGGCCCAGCUCUGAAAGGAAGCCUGGCUCCCAGGGCUACACACUAGCCCUGUCCCAGCCCUCAUUCCCCUUCAGGGCCUCCGGGACACUCCACCAAAACAAGGUCCUGCACUUGGGAAAGUUCAAUAAAUGGACGGCUUCGUUGCUUCA